UUCAUAUCCAGCGGGUUAUGGACGCACUACUUCUCUGCGGGGAUAUCGCUAGGGACGCCCACUGUGUUCAUAGCACAAUACAGGAAAGAGGCCAACUCCACUGAGGCUGUUACGGUAGAAAUGGCUUCGUGGCUAUCGUCGGUGUUUGCCUACUCUGCCGUCCCACCGAUCAUAGUGCUAGCAAUACUUAUACCACAACUUAGCAGAAAGAAGUUAUGCAUCAUAAUUUCCAUCAGCAUGAUCAUAGUAUCUUUCGGGUACUAUUUCACGACAUCUCCAGCACAUUUGCUCAUCACAGAAGUAAUACAGGGCGUGUCGAGCACUGGUUCCUUUACUAUUGCAAUAAUUUGUUUAGUGGAAUACACUUCUCCUCGAUACAGAGGGGUUAUUUUGACGAUUAAAACGGCUAAUGUGUUCUGGGCGGUAUGGAUUGCAAAUGCCAUUGGCACGUUCACCCAUUGGAGGUACAUUUGUGUGCCGAGUUUUAUAAAUUCGAUUUAUUCUUUGACUGUAUUUUUUUGGCCAGAAUCUCCCACUUGGCUCGCUAGUAAAGGUCGAAUCGAGGAGUGUAGAAAAGUGCACCGAUGGCUUAAAGGCAGUAGCGAAGAUUCGGAAAGAGAAUUGGAAGCGAUGAUCGCAUCUCAAAUGGAAGAGCGAAAGCGAAGACAGGAACAUUCUAGAGACUUCCUAGGAGUUGUGACCGAUAGACAGUUUUAUAUACCAGUUGUAUUGUCAACUCUGAUGAUGGGUGUGCAUCAGCUGUCGGGGAAACAGGUGUGUAUCAUAUACGCUUUGGACAUGUUGAAGAAAAUAACUAAGAGCGAAUCAACGGCUUACACUGGCAUGUUAAUUUUGGAUGGUGUGACAGUUCUAUGUAUGUAUUUAGGGUGUGGGUUGACAAAAUUUUUAAAACGGCGUACAUUGCUGUUUUUAUUCGGGUCGAUAGCAACUGUAUUCUUGUUCGCGACGUCGUUGUAUUUGUAUCUUUGUCAUUUGUCGAUACUGAUCCAAAAUGAUUACAUUUCUAUAACAUUGCUGGUAGGUUUUUCAGUGGCUAUCGGUGUGGGGCCAAUCAUUUUGGCCACUUCUUUGUACGGAGAAAUGAUUCCUAUAAAAUAUAACCGAGAAGCCGUGACAGUUAUAGCAGUCGUCUUCUUUUUGCUACAAGGAACCCUCUUUAAAGUUUCACCCUAUAUUUUUAAGACGUUUGAAAUGCAUGGCACGUUUCUAUUUUAUGGUCUCUCGGUGACGAUCGGUCUUUUAUUGUUGUAUAAAUACCUACCAGAGACUAAAGAUAAAACUGUGCAAGAGAUAGAGGAAUAUUUUAAAUAAUAUAUUACAACCCGAUUGAGCUAACUGCGCAUCUCGCUGGAACGCGACUCUCCCUCGCAAUCACCCGCACACCUCCCCGCGUUCGCCCCGUCCGUACCAGAGCGUCUGUGACGUCACGGCUGCCAGGUGCGCAGUUAACUCGACCGGGUUGUAUGUAUGUAAAGCCUGGUCCGUGAGCACGUAGAAUUUUGUCCAAUGACCCCAAGCUACCCAUCCUUAUCGCUCGCGCGUAAUUAUGUUGCUGUCGCGCUCGCACACUCACUGCGGGCGCCCGUCGCACAGUCGCGACAGCAAUGUAAUUACGCGCGAGC